GCGAGCUCCUACUCACACUCUCACUCACAGCUCCCUCACCAACACGGAAAUAGGCCUCUAUACUCCGGGCCGCGGUGACCCACCAAGCCGGCGGCAGCCCUGGAAUCGCUAAGCAGAGAGGAGACUACAACUCCCGGCACGCUCUGCUCGCUGUAUGUGACGUCAGUAGUCCGCGCCGCUCAGUCGGGCUGCACGUUGUUUCCAGGAGAGUUCGGGGAGCCUUGCAUUUGAUCGUUUCAAGAUGCCGAAAGUCAAAGCGGAGAAGAAAACCCGGAAACACCAGGAAAUCAGGAGCCAGGGGGUUAUGUUCAACACUGGAAUUGGUCAGCAUAUUUUGAAGAACCCCCUGAUUGUGAACAGCAUUAUUGAUAAGGCUGCAAUUAGGCCUACAGAUGUUGUUCUUGAAGUGGGUCCUGGAACUGGUAACAUGACAGUCAAACUCUUAGAAAAGGCAAAGAAGGUGGUAGCUUGUGAACUUGAUACACGACUUGUUGCUGAGCUUCAGAAACGAGUCCAAGGCUCAGCAGCUGCAAACAAGCUCCAGGUCAUGGUUGGGGAUGUUUUGAAGACUGAUCUGCCUUUCUUUGACCUCUGUGUGGCGAACUUGCCUUACCAGAUUUCAUCCCCUUUUGUUUUCAAGCUACUUCUUCACAGGCCCUUUUUCAGAUGUGCAGUACUCAUGUUUCAGCGAGAGUUUGCAAUGCGUCUAGUGGCCAAACCAGGAGAUAAGCUGUACUGCAGACUGUCUAUCAACACCCAACUCUUGGCUCGUGUGGAUCACCUGAUGAAAGUUGGAAAGAAUAACUUCAGACCUCCUCCAAAAGUGGAAUCCAGUGUUGUCCGCAUAGAACCGAAAAAUCCUCCACCACCAAUUAAUUUUCAGGAAUGGGACGGUCUGGUCCGAAUAGCUUUUGUCAGGAAAAACAAAACCCUCUCCGCAGCAUUCAAAUCCAGUGCCGUCCAAGAGCUUCUUGAAAAGAACUACAGAAUACACUGCUCAGUACACAACAUUGCAAUUCCUGAAAACUUCAGCAUUUCUGAGAAAAUUGAAAAAGUUCUUCAAGAAACUGGAUUUAGUGAAAAACGUGCCCGAACUAUGGAUAUAGAUGAUUUUAUUAGCCUUCUCCAUGGAUUUAAUGCUGAAGGAAUUCAUUUUUCUUAAUAAUCAUCUCAACAAUUCAUUAUCCUUUUCGCUGGAAACCGGAUCCGUUGAACCAUGCAUCAAUUUUAAAGUACUUUAACAGAUAUGAACCAAUCACCUUCGCUUG